UCUUCGUCUUCUUCGGCGUCUCCUUCCACUUGAUGAAGACGAGGUCCGUACGCACUACUCGACGGCUCGAACAACAAGUCGGUCUACGCCUCCACCAGCGCGGAAGUCAUCGAACCGAACAACGUGGAAAUUUGUCUUAGCUUUGUUUUUCAAUAAAAAAUUGACGAUUUAAGAAAAUUGUUUUUAUUUGAAAAUUUUGACAAAAGUGUAACGAAGGAUCGAUGAACAUUCGGUGAUUUGCAAUUUAUUUUCUGGAGAAAUGAAGAAUUAAUAAGUUUGUGGAAGAUUAAUGUAUUAAUUAAUUAGUGGUGACAGUGAUUGUGAUUUUGUGAAAGGAAAAUAAGGAAGAAGUUGAUGAGAGAUUACACGAGGAAGUAACAAUGGCGCGAGGGUUACUUCUCAUUACAGUGGCGGUCGUGCUACUAUCCUCGAUUAAUGUCUGCGCCGAAGAGGAUCUUAAAGACGACGGAGACCUCAACGACCGUAAAGAAAACAACGGGACAACAGUUACGUCCAUCAAGAUCACCGGGGAAGGAUCCAAGAACAGGACGGACAAAACACGAGAGACGCAAUUAGAGAGGCUUCGUUCUCUAUUCGCCAGUCGACAGAACAGCAGCAGAGAUCUUACGAUGCCGAAAAGCUCAGACAUUGCUAAAGUCAUAUCCGAUGAUGUUACCGGUGACGAAGAGACUCCUGAAGAACUGCCAGAGCCACAAGAACUGAAAAUCAUAAGACCUAAUUUGAGGAAACGACCUGUUUUUCGACCAUCGCCUUCGAGAAGACCGUUACCACCGAAUCGAAGACACGUUUAUGGAGAUCUGUCCAGAACACCAUUGACGAGACCACCAAGGCGACCUGCGGAAGUGAAGAGGGAUCCAACCGAGAAAGAGUGCACUUUCUUUACGAAGACAGUUUGCCUGGAAGCAGCCGAUUAUCCUCACGAAGCUAUCAGCAGAAGUUUGAGGAGUAACAAAGAGAUGGUAGCUUCUUUGUUGACUGAUUACAAAUCACAGGACUUCGAUGAAUCUGGGGAAAAUUUUCCUAUUGCAUUACCGCUUGAAAAUAAGUUCGAGAAUAAAUAUGAUGGUCGGUACGAGAAUCGAUACGAGAGCAACGAGAUUAGAAGGAGAUCUGAUAUGCCUUCGCCAUUCGACAACAUCGAAGAAGGCUUCACGUGUCCAUCCGUGGUUAAAUAUGCUCGUCCUCAAUUAGCCAGAGCCGCUUCCGGAAUCUGGAAAUACAUCAUAAACACUGGUGAACACACGCAGACUUUGCGAUUGGAGAAAUGUUCAAAUCCGCAAUCGAGUUGCUCUUUCAUCUCAGAGAACUACCGAUCGUCCUGCGUCCAAGUAUACAAUUAUCACAGACUUUUAACCUGGGAUAGCAAACUGGGUCUCCAUAUGGACAUCUUCAAAGUACCAACUUGCUGCAGUUGCCAUGUGCAUGGUUACGCUGACAUCUUUCCACCUCAUCAGAGUGAUCCACCUCCAAGGAUCAAGGAAUCCUUCCCUGGGUCUGAUUUCGCCACAACAAACGAUCAGAAAGAUGAUUUCGAGGACGUUUCGAAAUUGAAUUAUUUAAACAAAUACGUGGCUGGUUUUGAUUCUGCUCUGGGUUCAAGUAAUAAGAAACCUUUAUCAGAAGCUUCUCCAAGUCGACCCACCUUCACACUUCCUGUUAGAACGAGGCCCAAGAAACAACCUUCCUCUUCAAACUCAAGACCGUUUGAUAAGUUACCUCAACAACAUGCUCCAAAUACAAGAGCACCAGGAUACACUGGUCCAUUGUUGAAAGGUUCCAGACCAAGCAGACCCAGUAGACCACCUUUUAGAAGGGAAUCCACGUCUCAUAUCGAAGAGAACACAGAAAGUCUGAAUAGCACAGCUCUAAAUAGAUACAGCCAGCCAUACGAUUUGGAAAUGGACGCCUCGUCGCGAUUACAAAACGGUGGUUUCGACGACGAAUACCAUGAACCACAGAGGCGAAUCAAUUACAAUUACCACCCGAUUAUCGAUUUCUUUCGACCAGAGGCAUCGAUGUUGCAAACAGCCGAAACUCAGUCAGCAUCGGAUCAGAAUGAUUCCAACUCGUGGAAACCGAUGAUAUCGUCUUAAGUGAUGUUUCAUUUCCUUCGGAGUACCUGAUCGUUUCUUUCUUUCUGUAAUAUUAAUCGAUCGUAGAGAAGCGAGAGUAUUAUGCAUCGAAUUGUUAGAUUUUUAUACAUAUUUCUUUUUUCAUACCUAUGUAUACUGAUAUUCGUUAGUGUCCCCUUCGUGUUCAUUAGUACUCUUCGUUCGUGACGAUUAACCCUUAUCUGGUUCAGUUUACUUCCAGAGUAAAUUUUCAAAAAUGGUUAGAAUUAUCAAAUUAUAUUCAGAAUUAAAUGUUUAAUUUUCGAAGGGUAGGUCUGGAUCAGUAGAAAAUUAAUUAGAAAAUAUCAAGUGUAUCAGUUCAUUGACUUCACUUAGAUUGGAUAAGGGUUAAUGAGCUUCGACGUUUGGAAAAUUUUCAAAAUUAUUAUUUUAAUUUUAUGUACAUUUUAUUUUCAAGCAGAGUACUAAUGCAAUGUUCAGUGUAACGAUAGCGAACGUUUCAACUGUAGAAGUAUUACGACCACAUUGGGCAGGUGCAAUCACUUCGCUGUAAUUAUGUAAUACUGCGUGAAUUUUAUAUUAAUAUAUUUAUUAUUUCUAACGUUUAUUAAUUUAUGAAUUGUCACCGAUUACUUGGAUAUUCGUUGUUACACGAAUUAUUAAAUAAACUGUAUGGCAACGACUCGAGUCUAGUCUUUCUUGUCGCAUACCUUUUCUCCAGUUACAA